AUGCAGACCACGACUGUUCCGGACUUUCGGGCUCGCUUUGAGGCUAUUGCCAAUGAAUCAGUUCGUUUGCCAGAGGGGUGUCGUGCUUUCGCUCAGACCCAACCUUUUUUACCUAACCCCACUGGACCAACUUCAAUUGCUGUCUCUAAGCCUACUGCUUCUUCAUCACAUUUACCAAAAAUCCCUUUCAAGCGGUUGUCCACCACUGAACUCCAAUCCAGGCGUGAGAAAGGAUUAUGUUACAAUUGUGAUGAAAAAUACACCCCCAACCAUAAAUGUAAAGCACUUCCCCAGUUACUCCUCCUUGAAAAUUCGUCUGAUUUUGAGUUACCUGAGUCAUUCUCACCGGAGGAUUUCAUUGCUGAAGAACUUCAGUGCUUAGAAGUUCAGGAUCAUUCUGCUAUCUCAUACCACGCCUUGGCCGGUGGUAGUUCUGCUACAACUCUUCGAUUCGAUGGCCAUGUACGGGGUUCGCCGGUGAAGGUGCUUGUGGAUGGUGGAAGCACACAUAAUUUUUUCCAAACCCGUGUGGCUAAGUUUCUCAAUCUGCCUGUGGAAGCUAUAAAGCCUUUUGCAGUAAUGGUUGGCAGCGGUCAGCGCCUUCGUUGUGAGGGCGUAGCCCGUCAAACACCAAUAGUGAUCCACAAUGGUGAACUGCUAUUGGACCUCUAUGUCUUGUCUAUGCAAGGGGCGGAUAUUGCUUUGGGCGUUACGUGGUUAGGAUCAGUGGGUCCAAUCUUGACUGAUUACUCGGCUCGUACGAUGGAAUUUUUUUAUCAAGGCCAAAAGUUCAGCUGGCUUGGAGAACCACCAGUUGAAGCCCAACCAGUCCAGUUACAAACAUUACGACGCCUAUCAGAGGUUGAGGCUGUUUCCUCUUAUUUUUGUUUAAUGAUGAUCACAACUGAUGACUCGGGACUUCCUUCUCUGCCACCGGAUUUACAGUCCCUUUUGGAGGAAUUUGAAGAUAAGAAAACAAUGGAGAAAUUAGUUUCUGAUAUGCUUGCCGAGGGAAUUAUCCGUCCCAGCACCAGUCCAUUCUCGUCCCCUGUUCUGCUCGUGCGGAAGAAGGAUGGUACGUGGCGAUUUUGUGUGGAUUAUCGGGCCUUAAAUGCCAUAACUGUGAAGGAUAGGUUUCCCAUUCCGACUAUUGAUGAAUUUUUUGAUGAAUUACAUGGUGCGACUUACUUCUCAAAGUUGGAUUUAUUAUCCGGCUAUCAUCAAAUCAGGGUUCGACUUGAGAAUGUUGAGAAGACUGCAUUUCGGACUCAUGAAGGGCAUUAUGAGUUUCUAGUAAUGCCGUUUGGUUUAACAAAUGCACCGUCCACUUUCCAAGCUACAAUGAAUUCUGUUUUUCGCCCUUUCCUUCGUCUCUUUGUCUUGGUUCUCUUUGACGAUAUUUUGGUCUAUAGUCGGACAUGGAAUGACCAUUUACAACACUUGACUCAAGUUUUCCAGCGGCUCCGCGAACAUAAACUAGUGGCUAAGCGUUCCAAAUGCAUGUUUGCGCAACCUCAAGUUGACUAUCUUGGUCAUGUGAUUACUGAGCAAGGUUUGGCUGUGGACCCUACAAAAAUUUCAGCUCUUAUACAGUGGCCAACUCCUAAGGGUGUUAAGGGUAAAGAAUCAUUUUCCUGGGGUGACUCUGCCCAGCAAGCCUUUGAUUGUUUGAAAAAGAAGCUUAGUUGUACCCCGGUUCUAGCUUUACCAGACUUCACUCAGGAAUUUCAUGCGGAAACAGAUGCAUCAGGAGUUGGAGUUGGAGCUGUCCUUUCCCAAAAGGGCCAUCCUAUAGCCUAUUAUAGUCAGAAAUUGUGUCCAAGAAUGCAGCGUGCUUCAACAUAUCACAGGGAAAUGUAUGCCAUUACGCAGGCGGUGAGGAAAUGGCGACAAUACUUGCUGGGAAGACGAUUUACCAUUAUCACUGACCAACAGUCACUCAAAAAUCUCACUGACCAACUCAUUCAAACACCGGAGCAGCAAAAGUGGCUUGGGAAGUUAGUGGGGUUUGAUUUUCGUAUAGUUUACCGGCCGGGCAAGAUGAACAAAGCAGCUGAUGUAUUAUCUAGGCCACCUGAAGGCUCCUUACUAGCCAUAAUCGCUAGUAAAUUUGAUUGGGUAGAUGCACUUCGUGAGGCUACCAAGACACACUCUGAAAUGGUUACCAUCAGACAAAGCAUUGAAUUGCAACCUGAGAAUUAUGCUGACUAUGUAUUCCGCGAAGGCCUUUUAUUCUUUUAA